AAAGUUAGAUUCACCAUCACCCCUGAACAGGCUGCUUCCAAAGCCAGUAAGCGGCCUGGAUUUCACAAGAAGUUUUCUACUUUGGUAGAAAACGAACAUCUCAAGGAGCGAGUUAAUACCAUGGACCGCCGCCUUCAACAGCUCCUCACUGAAAAGCAGCAGUUCUUCAAGUGGGCAGAGGUCAGCAAGAUCAGAACCUGCAAACUAGAGGAGCUGCUGAUGAGCCAGAACAGGCAGAUAAUCCAGCUGCAAGAAAAGCUGGGGCCUGAGAGCCAUAAGAACACAGAGCAAGACCAGGCCUCCUCAAAAACACCUGCUCCGGCCAUGACAUGGGCCAACGUGGUCAAAGGUCUGGGUAAGGCCAAACAGCCGGUCAUCCUGAGAGAGUUCCAGGCCUCUUCAGAGACACCAGCUCCGACCAUGACAUCGGCCAAUGUUGUUAAGGCUGAGGAAGAGGUGAAAGAGCCGGUCAUCCUGAGUGAAGACCAGGCCUCUUCAGAGACCCAGACUACAACCAUGAACUGGGCCGAUGUCAUGGAAGCUGAAGAUGAGGUCAGGGAGCAGCUUAGGCUCAGAGAAGCUGAGGUUUCACAGCUGAAGCUGGAGAACGAGGGUCUCUUAGCAAUGCUGCAGGAGGCUAAAAACCUCCAAAGAGAACUAGAUCACAAAGAAAAUGAGGACCUGAACUUGCAAGUCAAAUUCUUGGUGGACAAGAAUAAAAGUCUGAAGGAAGAAAACAACAAACUGCAGAAGGACAAACAAGCAGCAGUAGAAAAGACUGAAAAACUGGAGGGUAAGAUCCAGCUGAUGGAGCGCAACAACAUCCCUCAAAUAGAGCUCAACGAGAUGAAGAAGUAUAUUAAAACGCUCCAGACAGAAAAGAUAGAGCUUGAAGGCGAUUAUAACCGGAGAUUCCUUCAGAUGAAGAAUCUGGAGAGUCUGCUUUUCCAAGAAUCUUACAAAACUCAAGAGAUUCUGAAGAGCCUUGAGUCUGCACAUGAGCUGAUCGCCAUCAGAGAGCAGGAACUCGAUCGAAUCACCGGCAUCAAUGAAAACCUCUCAGCGGCGCUCUUCAAGUCUGAGGAGCUGCUGCUGGAAGCCGGCAAUGAAGUCGAGGAGAAAGAAAAAGAAAAACAAGAGAUUGUGAAGAGCCUUAAGUCUGCACAAGAGCUGAUCACCAUCAGAGACCAAGAACUCCAACGAAUCACCGGCAUCAAUGAAAACAGCUCAGAGACGCUCAUCAAGACUGAGGAGCUGCUGGUGGAAGCCGGCAAUGAAGUCGAGGAGAAAGAAAAACAAGAGAUUGUGAAGAGCCUUGAGUCUGCAGAAGAGGUGAUCACCAUCAGAGAGCAGGAACUCCAACAAAUCACCGACAGCCAUGACAACCUCUCAGAGAUGCUCUUGAAGACUGAGGAGCUGCUGGUGGAAGCUGGCAAUGAAGUCAAUCAGAAAGAAAAAGAAAAUCAAGAACUGCUCAAGAAACAAGAAGAGACAGAACAUGGGAUCCAAAAGAAAAACAAAAAGAGAUUCUGUAAGUUUUUCAGGAGGACCAAAGACAGACAGAGCAACCAAAAAAAGACUGAAGAGGUGAUUGGGGAGAGAGAAGAACCACAGGAGCAGGAGAAGAAGGCAAAGAAGAAGAAGAGCUUCUGGAGUUGGUUCAAGAGCAACAGGAAGGUGGAGGAGGCUGCUGGUAGCUCAGCUUAGCCUCCUCCUCCUCUCCAACAUCUCUCACCUUCAUCCUCUAUUCCAUCUUGUAUCUUCCUCAUCCCCCCUACUCUCCUACCACUACUACCUAUCCACUUAUUAUUUCUUGAUAUUUGGUAUUUUCGAUUGGCUAAUUAAUUAAUAAGGCA